CCCCCCCGCCCCAAAAGCUCUGCCAGUUCUUUCGGCGAGAUCCACCAUCUCCUGAGGUCCUUAUCCACCCCAGCUCGCGAGGAAGCCUCGGGAGGAGGCGAGCCCUCGUCGCAAGGAAGCCGCAGAAGGAGGAGCUCAACCGGGCGUCGCUGGCCAGAGAAGGAGGAGAGGCGCGGAUGCCUGCCAGGGAGGCGGAUCGGCUCAUCUCCGUGGCUGGAAAGGCUCGAUGUUACAAUUACAACAUGGGGCUUCAAGUGUCUAUUACUGUGGAACACCAAUAUCCGUGCAUUUUAGUUACGACUAAGUGCCACACCAAUGAAUGUGAAUGUCUGUUCAGUGUCCAUCUUGGUUCUGGUGAAUUGAUUUGGGGAACUCUUGAAAUCUGUUUCUUGUAUAUUGGCCAUGAUAACUCUUCACCUGACAUUCUGCAAUGGCUUCCAGCCAGGGUUUUCUUGUUGCUGCUAUUCCUCGUGGAUAUUCAAGAGGCAACUUGGCACCUAAUGUCAACAGCAUGCUUAUUGGUGACGAGUGAAAUGAAAGAAGGCUGCAAUGGAAUUUGUAUUAGAAGUUUCUCCAUGAUGGCCUUUUCCACCUAGAAAGAGCAUCAAGGCCGUUGACCCCGUUUUUGUUCUAUAGGCAUCUGUUCUUCAAAUGAGGCUCCAACCUGAGCAAGGGCAUGGUUUGCAGAUGAUGUAUCUGCUUUAUGUGUGUCAGAAGAGCCCUCCGACGCCCAGCCGUUGGUGUCUCUUCCCGAAGAAGGAUCAUGGUUCCCCACCUCUCUACAACUCAUAUUAAAAUUUUGUGUGU